UCCGAUUAAGGUGAUGAAUCAAACAAAUUAGGUAAUGAGUCUUCCAAUUCCGAUUUUAGCUUAUUUUGAUUCUGAUUCUAACUUCGAACCAAAUACACCCUAAGUUCCUUAAUUUACCUAAGUCGUGUAUUCACCUAAGUUUACUAAUAAGUAAUACACUAAACACGGAAAAUCGUUCACCGUAUUCAGUAAAGAUAUUAUUCACCGUGUUUAGACACGAUGAAUAAUUUACCGUGUUCAACUUAACACACUGGCUUCAGUCCCGCUCACGUGGCACUGACGUGACGUCUGUAUGACAUGAUGAAAAUUAUUUUUAUAAAUAUAAAUUUGUUGGGACUAUUUUUAAAAUAAAAUUUUUUCGGAAAACCAAAUUCAAAAAAAAAAAAAUAAAAAAAAAGCCCCCCGCUGAGUUGAAUUACGAAUGCGGAGCGGCCAUUAAUAAGAGCUGUCGCCGAGCGGCCCCAAACCCAAAUCCAAUCUUACAUUACAUCUAUCUCUCUCUUUCUCGGCAAUGGCGCCUUUGCGUCUUUUAGUGCUGUUAUUUUUUUUAUCAUUAUUGGAGAGCCAAAGUUCCGGUGCGAGUAGAUCGAGAAAUUAAGAAAGGGUUUAGAGAAGAGGAGGAAGGGCCGCAUUUUGAUGGGGCCGGCGGCGGCGGCUGCGGCUGCGGCGAGGCCGCAGAAGGCGUCGGCGGCGGGAGGGGUUCCGGCGAGAUGGGUUUGCGCGCUCUGCGCCUCUUGCUUCGUCUUCGGCGUAUUUGUUAUCAACAGGAUUUGGAGUGUUCCUGAGCCUGUCAAGCUAAAUGAAAAAGCUUUAUUUGUGGAAAGGACCCAAACUAGACUAUCCGAAGUUUAUAUUCCAUGUCAAAGAAAACAGAACUCCAUUCAUAUUGGAGAAAUACUUAAUCACGUAUCACAAACUCAUGAUGUGAUCAUGACUUUAGACAAAACUAUAUCUAACUUAGAGAUGCGUCUAGCGGCAGCUAGAGCUGCACGAGCUACUAAACAGGAAAAGUCACUGAUUUCUGCAGAUUCAGACAUUGAGCUUUCAAAAGUGCGACCUAAGGUCUUUUUCGUUAUGGGGAUCAUAACUGCAUUCAGCAGCAGAAAACGUAGAGAUUCUAUAAGAGAAACAUGGAUGCCUCAUGGAGAAAAUUUAAGAAGACUGGAGAAAGAGAAGGGGAUUGUUGUCCGUUUUGUGAUCGGCCAUAGUGGAACUCGCGGGAGUCUGCUUGAUCAUACUGUUGAUGCAGAAGACGAGCAGUAUAGCGAUUUUCUAAGACUGGACCAUGUUGAAGGCUAUCACGAACUGUCUUCGAAGACUCUGAUAUAUUUUUCAACAGCCGUAGCAAUUUGGGAUGCUGAUUUUUAUAUAAAAGUUGAUGAUGAUGUGCACGUCAACAUUGAGGAGUUAAAUAUCAUGAGCCAGAAUAUUGGAAGUUUGGUGAGGAGGGAAACAAAUACUUUAGACAUGCAACAGGACAGCUGUAUGCUAUAUCCAAGGAACUGGCUACGUAUUUAUCAGUUAAUCGACGUCUCCUUGGGUUCAUGGUUCAUCGGUCUCAAUGUGGAGCACAUAGAUGAAAGGAGUCUGUGUUGUGGAACUCCCCCAGGUAAGCAUGUAAUAUCAAGAAUAACUCACACAGUAUUUAGUAGUUGCCACUGUCAAAAUUUGGUAAAUAUACAAUGUUUAAUAUUUGUGUUUGGUCCAAAAUAGUUAUCUGCGAUAUCU